AUGUCUGAUCGCGAUACUUCCUACAGAGAAAAGGUGAACAGCACAUCCUAUACCACGGCACUAGAAAAUCGGCUAUAUGAACAGUCUGAGCGUUUGGAAGAACUUCAUAUGGAAGCAGCGAUCGAUGCUCAGCUGACCGACAUCGUAAGCUCCGAAGGUCUUAACGACAAGCCUCCUUUAAACGAUAUGGACCAUCUAGCUCCCAAACCGAUCUUUGACAACUACGUCAACCCUAAUUCGGUGGCAAAUUGCCUGAGCCCGUACGUUCCCACAACGGCCGCAAAAAUAGCAAAAUUUGUGGAGUUUGCCAGCCUUUUAGAAUCUGAUGUAUUGCUCGAUAUUGGAUGUGGGGAUGGAAGAAUCUGUGUUUCUGCCGCCAGACUCUCAGGAUGUCGAGCCGUCGGUAUAGAUGUAUCGCCACUGUGUAUUGCCAUGGCUCGAGAGCUUGCCCGCGAGGAAAACCUUGAAGAUCGCCUAUCGUUUUUUGAAGCAGACGCUACUAUCGACCCCAAGCGACUGCUUCAGUCGCCUCUUCUGGAAAGCGACUUGAAGGAUGUCACAGUUAUUUUUCUCUACACGUAUCCUACUUUGCUGGGGCGACUGUUCCCACUACUAGCCAAAUUCACAGAAAAUGGAAAAGCUCGCGUUGUAACUUUGACGUAUCAUUUAAGCCAGAGCAUGGCAAAUAUUGCCAAACGGGAUGAAGAGUUUGAUUUAUGUUUGUACAAUAGAGUAUUUGAUGUAACAAGCAAUGAAUAG